UACCAAAUUCCUAGAUUACUGUGUGUGUUUGUGUGGUUUUGCAUAUCAAUUAAUCACAUUCUACAAAUUUUCAACCAAAAAAAGAAAAAAAAGAGGAAAAAGGGAAACACCCAUAGGAAAAAAAGGAAAUAAAAAUUUAAUCUUGUGAAUCCCACGGAUUUGAAAGCCAAGAAUUAGCAGAAUUCAUCAAAUGAGGCAAAAUCCGGGUGGAGGUUUAAGAGGGGGUCUGCAUGCAGGACAUUUUGCAAAAGACCCCUCUAUUACUCCACCGUUUCAUACAUCAUCAGCAUUAGCUGUAUCUGAGCUUGCUUUUUUUGUGGGAUAUAAUCAAAAUUCAAGUGCAUUCUUGACAGAGUUUUGGGUGGUGGGCUGGUUGAAUUCUUGGAGAAUUUUUCUUGAACUUUUUUUGUGUUUGUUUGACAGGUGAAUUGGAAUUGAAAGAAUGGGUUCUACUAGUUACAAUGAUGCUGCACAGAAGGAGCUUGAGGAUGAGUUGGUGAAGGCUGGGCGUAAGCUUCACAGCCUUCCAUCCUCCACUGAUGAAAUUCUCAUCCGUCUUGAGAAAGCAGAGAGCGUUUUAGCCAGGGUAUGGCAAUUGCCUCCCUCAUCUACAGAAGAUGCCCUUUAUCCAGUAAUGAAGGGACUGAUCUCUGAUAAACUCUUGCGGCAUGCUGAUGAAAAUGUCCAACUUGCAGUUGCAUCUUGUUUUAAUGAGCUCACAAGAAUAACAGCUCCGAAGUUCCCUUACAAUGACGAGGAUAUGAGGGAGAUUUUCAAGUUAUUCCUGGUCGCACUUAGGCCGUUGUCCUCUGAGACUGGUAGCAAUUAUUUACGAGCUGUGCAGAUUCUGGAAGGUCUGGCAACAGUGCGGUCAUGCUUGAUAAUGCUGGAUAUAGAUAGUGAUGAGAUUGUUGUUGACAUGUUCCAACUCUUUUUCAAUACCAUUAGGUCCAAUCCAUCCUCAAAUAUUGUCAACUACAUGGAAACCAUCAUGAGAAUGGUGAUAGAAGAAAUUGAUGAGGUCUCUUUGGAUCUUCUGAGGCCCCUUUUAGCUAGCGUCAGAAUGGAUAAUAAGAAUAUUUCACCUUCUUCCUGGGAGCUGGGGAAGAUCGUCUUUGAAGGCUGUGGGACCAAACUCCAGCCUUAUCUUAGAGAAGCUGUGACGACAUUGAACCUGAAUGUUGAUGAUUAUGCUCCAAUAGUUGCUUCUCUAUGCCAGGACACAUCCAAUGGGGAAACCAUGGUGGCAGAAGAAGUUGUAGAAACUGUGCCAUCUGUAGCAGCCGGUCCGUCUGGUGAUAGAGUAUCCAAGUUGGACGGAGUUCCCGAGGCUGAGCAAGAGGAUUGCACUCAUCAAGAGAAGGAUGAAAAUGGAAAUAUAUUGGAUGAUGAAAAUUCAUUGGUGACAUUAAAUUGCUGUCAGCAAAUUGUGCAGCUUAAAAGUAAUGACGCAAGAUCUGAUGUCGAAGUAGUCAAUAAUGCAGAAAUUUCACAAUUGGAGAUGGAUAUGGGAGCCCUUCCAAGGAGAAGGGGGAUGAGACCCAACACUUUAAUGAAACCAGAGGAGGGAUAUGAACACGUGUGGGCAAUGGGAGGCAAGGAUUUCCGAAAACUAUCUUAUCAAAGUAAUAACAAGGAGAAGAAGGACUUGCUUGUGCCGUCAGAACCUGGAAAACCAAACAUUCCAAGUGAUUCUUCACAGAAAGAAUUUGAUUCUGUUAACGAAGGAAGUGUUCGCAAAAGGCGCCGGUCCAAGAAGAAAGAGGCCAUGCCGAAUGAGCAUGAUGAUGAGGAACAGUUGUCAAAGCAAAGAAGGAAGAUCUUGCAAACUAAGGCAAAGGAGAGAGGUCCCCACGCCCCAAAGAGCAGAGCUGAAAAGGUUGUUGCUAGAUCGAGCACAUUUAACAUAGUGAAGGGAGAAGGCAACUGCAGUGGUACUGAGUCAGAAGGAAAAGACGAGUUUUUGCUUCAAGAACUUAGUGGGAAGGAAGAAAUCAAGGAUGAAAUUAUCAUCCCGAAACGCGAGUUGGGAGACGACGUGGAACAGAUGGUGGAAUGUCCCAUGGCUGGUCCUCCCAAAGCCAAGAAACCUGAUAAUUUGGCUCCAGAAACGGAAAAGAACCAGAAGUCCAUAACGCCCAGUGUCGAUUAUGGAGAGGAGUUGGUCAGUUUAAGGAUAAUGGUUUGGUGGCCAAUUGACAAAACGUUCUACACAGGGACCGUCGAAGCUUUUGAUCCUUUGACAAAGAAGCACAGGAUUAAAUACGAUGAUGAUGAAGAAGAAGUCUUGAACCUGAAAAAAGAAAGAUGGGAACUGUUCAGUGAGAAGCAGCCUCGAAAAAUACAGUCCUAUCAGAAGCAAGAAGCUGAUGAUCACGAUCCAUCUCCUGCCGAAAAGCCUGUCAAGAUUCAGAAGAUCACAAAACGAAAGCCAGGUUCAUCAAGAAAACAGCAUACCCCCACAUCAUCAAUAAGGCCAAAAGGCGAAGGCCGUGGCCUCGCUAAAUCAGGAGGUUCUUCAUCAAAUUUAGAAUCAGAUGAUAAAAUGUGUGAAGCAAAUUUCUCAUCAAAGGAUGUCGGAGAGAAUAACCGUGCAGGCAAGAAGCAUCCGGAUAGCCUCGACCAGCACAAGAAAACCAAGCCGAUCACACCACCUCCCGAGAUGCGAUAGAUGGUAGAAAGAUUAUAGCGAGAAGCUGGACAAGGGCCAAAGAGCUGGGAGUAUAUUACCCUUCUCUUCUCUUGAUCCAACUUUUAGGACAAAAUUGAAUAGACAUUUACAGUACUUUCAAGUAUGUAUUAUAGUUGCCUUCUUGUUACCUGGAGUUUGAUGUUGUCUGCUUAGACUUUAGAAUGCUUUGAGCAUAGGGCUGUUCUUGACUACAUUAAUUUGCACUUUGGCCCAUGAUUUUAUGAGUUGUAUACAUUUUAGACAAGGGGUGCUUCUUAUGUUUGCAUGUAUUAGUUUCCUGUUUUUAGAGGCAAAUAGGCUGUUUUCCAUGUAUUAUUUUUCUACUCUCUUUCUCUCUCUCAAAGGCUGAUUAUAGUGAUGUUUGAUCAGUUUUUGGGGUGUAAACGAGUCGUUUUCGACUUUGUUUUCGACUUUUUUUUG